AUGAAGUUCGUGGAAAAUACAUACGUAGACAUCGUUACAACAUCCGGUCGCUAUUGCGUUGGGAAGAUAAGGAACGAAUAUCCAGAUCGGACAGGAAUUAAACGGAGAAGCACGCCUAACGGACAAAUAAAUCUUCGUCUAAUGUCUCUUACGUCCAACGACACUUGCCAGUGGGUGAAUCAGUCAGAGGCAGAUGACGGUUGGCAAAAUGAUUCCACGCUACUGCCCGAUCCCGACGAGUCCGAGCCAAGGCUGAUCGUGCCUUACGCAUUGUUGGAAGCGAGCGUUGCCUUAAUGGCUAUCUUCGGCAAUACGCUGGUCAUUGUGGCGUUCAAAACCGAACGACGCUUGCGGCGGCGUACCAACUUUUACAUCGUCUCGCUAGCGUCAGCCGAUCUGCUGGUCGGUACGUUGGGCAUUCCGUUUGCAAUUCUUGCCUCCAUCGGUUUGCCAAGAAAUUUGCACGCCUGUCUGUUCACCAUCUCGCUGCUGGUGGUGCUCUGUACGAUCUCCAUCUUCUGUCUGGUGGCUGUGUCGAUCGAUCGGUACUGGGCGAUCCUGCAUCCGUUAGCCUACUCGCGCAACAUGCGCACUAAAACUACACUGUAUAUUAUAAGCAUGUGCUGGCUGGUCGGAUCAAUUAUUGGGUUUCUGCCCCUGUUCGGAUGGCACGAGGAACCGGCCGAGGAAGCGUGUCUCUUUGUGAAGGUGAUGAACUACGACUAUCUGGUGUUUCUGUACCUCGUCACAAUCAUCAUUCCUGCUGUACUGUUGCUAGCGUUCUACAUCCAUAUCUACCGUGUUAUCGUUAGACAGCGAAAACAGAUCCUGUCAGUAAAUUCCAUCGACAGUCGCCACUUCUCGUCUACCUUGGCUAGCGUGGACGAUACCAACAAUACCACCACUCAAUCGAAGCAGUGCAGCAAACGUCGGACGAAAAAGGACAACUACAACGGUACGAUGUUGCGCGUGUUACGUGCCGCACAGAAUCGUGAAGUGAAAGCCACACAGAACCUCUCCAUUAUUGUGCUGUUCUUCAUGAUCUGCUGGAUGCCACUGCACACGAUCAACUGUAUCGUUGCGUUCUGUCCGCAUUGCCAUAUUCACGCACCGGUCAUGCUGUUCGUCAUAACGCUCUCCCAUCUCAAUUCGGCACUCAAUCCGUUGCUGUACGCGUACCAUUUGAAAGAUUUUCGUGCAGCACUGAAGAAGCUGAUACUGUCCAUCUUCGGUAUCAGACCGACAGUACCGCAGCCGACGGAUUGUGUCAACUGCAUAUCAACCAUUGCGCAGCAGCAGCAACAACAGCACCACCAACUAUACCAUGUCGCGUAA